AUGGACAAUACUAAUGAUAGCCAAAGCAGUGGGAACAGCAUUAAGGAUGCAGGUGGAUCCAAGUACAUGGAUUUAGAGGAACUUCUAGAUGGGGGGGGGGGGCAGGGGGGGACAGUGUUAGUUCUGAUCGAAAAACGGAGAAGACUCCAGAUAGCGGAGAACCAGAGUGCUAUGAGGAGACUAUGUAAGUUAGUGAAUCUCAGCAGUGGGAGCAUGCAAUACAAAAAGAGAUGGAUUCUCUCCACUCGAACGAGGAAGCAACCUGUUAGCUUUGUAGAAGAAGGAAAAGAAGAGAUGACCGUAUUUGUCAUUGAAGAUGACAGCGAUGAUGAAGAUGACGACACGGAAGAAGAAGGAGGAGGAGGAGGAGAUGUGGAGGUGCGGCAUCGUGUUAACGUGAGGAACCAAUGGCCGUCGGAGCUUCAGAAGGAUAGACAGAGCAAUGGGGACUCAAGUUCAGGAACAAGCUCAGCAUCCGGGUCAGAGUCUUCGAUCAGAUUUGCUUCAGAUCAGGAAACGGGUUCAGAUUCUAUCGAAAUUUCGGAAAAGGAAUGGGAUGAAGAAUGCGGGUAUAGGAGCAGCCCAGAGCCUUCAGCUAGGUUAGUUGAACUUGAUUCCAGUGACGAUGAGGAGGGGGAAACCUCCAACUGUUGCAGUUUGAUUGAGAGAUCAAAAUAUUUGGAGAUUCCUCAGGGGGUUAGAGUAAAGGAAGAGGAGGAGGAGGAUGAGGAGGAUGAGGAGGAGGAGGAGGAGGUUGACGAGAAUGAAGUGAAACCAAUGGCAAAGCUCCUUCCUUUUUGCGUGGCGAGAAGGACCAGAGCCCAAAAUGGGAAGAUAAAUAGGGUUUCGUAUUCUGAGUAUUUCAUGGAGAAGUUCUCGGAUGAUUCGGAGGAUGGAGAGGACACUGAGGAUGAAGGGAGCCAAAAGGACGAGUCAUACAAUUAUGCCGAGAAGUCAGAAUCGGUUAGUGUAUUGGGAGGAAGUAGUGAAGACAAUGAGGUCUUCGUGAAGAAGAAGAAGUUGGGUAUUGAUAUUCUAGUGUCUGUCAGCAAUGAGGGAGGCGAUAGCGAGGGUGUGAAUAGUAGUAGCAGGAGUGACAUAGUUUCUCAGAGGACCCGUUCAAGGUUUAAUUCGGUUGCAGAUCCGAAAAUGAAGAAGAUGGGCACGGUGAGAAAUCCGGUUUGUUUGGAAGUGGAUGAGUUACAGAGUGAGGAGGAUGAGAUGGAAGAUGAUAGCGUUGGGAUGGAUUUAGAUAGAGGAAAAGGGAAGUGGGUUUGUAAUAUAAACAAAGGAGGUAGUGGGAUGAAUACCAAAGUCAGUAAUGGUGUCAGAGAUGGAAACAGAACGAAAAUGCAAGAUACUGACAUUUCCAAGGAUUUAGUUGAACGAAAAAGGAUGUGGGUUGACAGUGAUACUGAAGAUGGUGGCAGGAUGGGAACCCAGGUUAGCAAUAUGAUGGAGAGCGGAAGUAGGGAGGGUAGCAAUGGCAUCAAAUUGAAUGUGGAUGCAAGAGAAAAGAAUGAAACAGAUGGAGUCCCAGCAAGCACAUCCAAGAAGAGGAAGCGUGUUCGACCACCAAACGCAAAUGAGCUCUUCAAGAUUCUUGCAAAUAAUAUUUUCAAUGAAGAGGGCACAACUCUGGAGGACUUGUUUAAACGAGAGUCUCCCGUGGAAGACAACAGCGCAGCCUGCCCAGAGAAUUUGCUUCCCUUAGUAUUUUCAUUUGGAGAUGACGAUGCAAAACCAGUUGAUAAGUCAGAGCAUGAGAAAGAACUUGAUGAUUUGUGGGCCGAUUUUGACUUUACUACGGAAGCAAAUAACAUAGGUGUCUAUCAUGAUGAUGAGGAUCAUAUUCAAGAGACUAAUGUUACCGAAGUUGAAUCUGACCCAUCUGCUCUCUGCAUGAAGGGGAAGCAUCAUUAUGUGCUUGAUGAGGAAAUUGGCAUCAGAUGCAAAUUCUGCUCGUUUGUGAAAUUGGAUAUCAAACAUAUAUUUCCAUCAUGGGCAUCUUCUCAGUUUGGGGAGAGGUUAACUCGGAGUAACACUGUUAAAAACAAAGAGGUCCCCUUAUUUUUCAAUGAUCUUUUCAGUGAAGGAAAAGAUGGUAGUUGCCAAGGUUCCCAUGGUUAUUCAACAGGGACUGUCUGGGAUCUCACUCCUGGACUCCAGGGGAGUAUGUUUCUGCAUCAACGGGAAGCAUUCGAAUUUAUGUGGAGAAACCUCGGAGGAAGCAUUUCCCUUGAUGACUUAAAAUCAGGCGUUGGCUCUGAUGAUACUGGUGGCUGUGUUAUUUCACAUGCCCCAGGCACUGGAAAGACAAGAUUAGCAAUUAUGUUCAUCCAAUCUUACAUGAAGCUCUUUCCAGAGUGCAGACCGGUAAUUAUUGCUCAUCGUGGACUGCUGGAGACAUGGAAGAACGAAUUUAAGAAGUGGAAGGUUAGUCUUGCUAUCCAUGAUUUGAAUGCUGAAAAGUACUCAGGUCAGGAAGAUGUCAUGGCCCUUGAACUGGUAAGAAAAGCAAAUAAGCAAGAUACAACGUUGAUGCGCUUAGUCAAGAUGUAUUCAUGGUACAAAGGAGAAAGCGUUAUAUUGGUCAGUUAUACCUUGUUUUCAACUACAUACAGUGAUAACGAUAUGAGAGGUUCAAUGUUGAAGAAGAUCCUCCUUGAGAAGCCAGGUUUAAUCAUUUUUGAUGAGGGCCACACACCCAGGAACGAACGCAGUCGCAUUUGGGAAGCACUUGAACAAAUUAAAACUUCUAAACGAAUCAUCCUUUCUGGAACCCCUUUUCAAAAUAACUUUACAGAGCUUUACAAUACACUCUGUCUGGUUAGACCUAAGUUUGCCGAAAAAAUUUCAUUCGGAACUUCAAAGCUGAAAAGACCAGAAUUGUUUGCUACAACUGAAGAAAAGGUUCUAGAAAAAAGGAACAAGGCCAAAACGAAUUGGGAUCAUCUUGUACAAAGGGUUAUUGAUAGUAAAGAGCUUAAAUCUGGUAUAAAAAACGUUAAAUCAGUCAUCAGACAUUUUGUCCAUGUACACAGCGGUAAAAUCCUUGACACUCUUCCUGGUUUAAGAAAGUGUACAAUUGUCCUAAAUCCUCUCCCCUACCAGAAGAGCAUUCUUGAUAUAAUUCAACAGUCCAAGGAUGGUAGUUUCGUUAACAAGGACUACAGAAAGACAUUGAUUUCAAUACACCCUUCUCUGGCGAUGCAUUGCUUAUAUGAGAAUGAGAAACCUCUAAUGGACACUCCUCUCCUAGCGAAAGUGAGAUUAAAUCCUUCUGAAGGGGUGAAAACCAAAUUUGUUAUAGAACUAAUUCGAUUAUGUGAAGCAUUAAAGGAGAAGGUUCUAGUGUUCUGUCAGUUUAUUGAGCCACUGGAUAUAAUAAGAGAUCAGCUUUUCAAGUUAUUUGAUUGGACUGAAGGAAAGGAGGUGUUAAAGAUGCACGGGAAGCUCACUUCAAAGACUCGCCAGUCUCUAAUAGAUACUUUCAAUGACUUGUCAAGCGAAGCAAGGGUCUUAUUGGCGUCAACUAAAGCAUGCUCUGAAGGAAUAAGCCUUGUUGGUGCUUCAAGGGUGGUUCUAAUUGACGUUCUUUGGAACCCGUCUACAGAACAUCAAGCAAUAAGCCGAGCAUACAGAAUUGGCCAGCACAAAUUUGUCUAUGUUUAUCAAUUGGUCACAUUGGGAAGUGGGGAGAGUGAUAAAUGUUGUGUACAAGCUACAAAGGACAAAAUGUCUAAAUUGGUUUUCUCUCCUGAAAUUGACCUGAAUAAUAUUGAAGAAAGUUCGUCACUUGCUGAAGAAGAAUAUACUUCCAAAAUGGUUGCUAAAGACAGAAUAUUGACAGAGAUGACAGAGCAUGACAACCUCAGAGAUAUCUUUAAAAAGAUUUCAUACCUGCCAAAAGAGUCAAAGAAUGUGAGUUUGUUUACUGAAGAGGAUAUAAACGACGUUAACAAUGGACAUGUUGAUGCUACUGCUGCAGAUGUUGAUACAGCUCCGCACUUCUGAGUCAUGCUCUUCUGCUCUGUUUGUUUACAUUCUUCUACAAUACUGUACUUGAGAUUUCUGAAAUAAAAGCAGCAGAUAUCCCUGACGUGGAUCUCUCCUGCUUAGGAGGUACAAAGUACUGUAACUUCAGCAUAGAGGUGAUGGAGGGUAAUGUCUAUUCAAGGGGAAGUAACCGUCUCUUUGAAAGAACUCGAAGUCAUUCUACUGGAUAUAUUUCAUUUAUAUUUUACUGAAGACGGAUUGCCACUAAUCGACAUAAAACAUAGAAACAAAAACAACAAUUUGACGACGUACAUAGAAGGGGGAAGAAGGUAAGAGAAUAUAACCGCCAGUAAUUUGACUGGAAGUUUAAAUACUGGGGUUUCGUUCAUGAUACAAAUUGUUUUCUUUUUCUUUUUCUGUUUUUUUCUUCUUCUUCUUUUGUUUUUUUAGUUGAUAUACUGCAUCUCUAAUCCUGUUUAACUGAAGCAGAUGAUAAAUAAGACAAUUUCAGACUUCCAACAGGGUUUUUCACCCUUUCGUUUUCCCUUUCGUAUAAUUGAUUAAAAAAAGGACAUUGUCUGAGUCCUCUUUGUUA